GAAAGCCAAUGCCUUGUACAAGUUCAUGUAUCUCUUGAUACUGUUUUGCGUGAGACACGACAUCCUGAUUAGUGUGGAAAACCCCGCGAACUCCCAUUUCUGGGCCGUAUUGGCAUGGUUCGCAGAGCAGGACUCCGUGCAGUGGCCUCCAAAGCAGUUGGAGUUCAUUUCUUUUGAUGCUUGCGUGCGUGGCAGCGAAAGGCCGAAGCGCACUGCCAUACUGGGCACGCGGGGUGUUUUUGCUCGACUGGGGGUCUUUUGCGAUGGGGCCCAUGAGCACGCCCCUUGGCGGCUUCACUUCCGUGACGGCUGUUCGAUGUGGUCAACAGCAGCCGAGGCGAGACCGCUGCAGUUGGCUGCCCAAGGCCAUCAGUCAGCAAAGUUCCCUCCUCUGAUCCCAGAGUUUCAUCGUCGGACUGCUACAGCCAAGGGUGAGCCAAAGACCCUUAAAGUGGGUUAUUGGUUGGUGCCAGAUCAGCAUGUAGCCAAGGCAAAGGAAGUGGGUCAUCCGUUUGACUCGGUGGUGGCAGUGGAGAGCAUAAGUGUGAAAGCCUUGGAGAAGUGUAUGAGUAUUUCGGACGAUCAACUUGAGCAACAGCGAAAGCUUGCGGUUUUAAAGUUGAAGAUAAAGGCCAGAACCUUAGAGCAGCAAGAGCAGGAGCUCCACAAGACUUUUCAGCCGUGGUUUGAAAAAGUGGCUAGGAAAAAGCUAUUGCUAUGGGAAAGCCUCUUAAAGGAGUUCGACUUCGACGAUCUAGGCGUUAUAAAGUUCAUGAAGGAGGGUGUGCCUAUCGUGGGCCAGCAUCACACUCCAGGGUGCUUCAAGUCAAAAUUGAAGCCUGCGCUGAUAUCGGAAGAAGGGCUGCGUGAGAGUGCGGAAGCACGUCGCGAAGCAAUGCUUUUGAAAAGACAUCAGCAGGAGCCGCAUGUUGUGAAGAGCCUUGAGGCAACCGCGAGAGAAGAGGUUGAGAUGGGAAUCCUGGAGGGUCCCAUGUCUGCGGACGAGGUGACUGCGACAUUGGGACACCGCUUGUGGUCUCCUAUCAGGAGAUUUGGAUUGGAUCAAGGAAGCAAAAUAAGGCCGAUAGACGAUGGCCGUGAGAGCCAGACCAACAAUGCGUUCACAUCAGAUUUGAAGCUUGACUUGCAGGGGAUAGACUACAUGGCUAACCUAGCAAUGCUCAUCUUGAGGGCUGAGAAAGAGCGCAGUGUUAUGAAAGGGGUGUUGGAUAUUUUAGGAUGGGACUUUGCGCGUGAUAGUGCCAAAGGAGUGAGCUUCGGCAGUGUGUUGAAUGUCCUGGGCGUGCAGAUGGACAUUAGCUGCUUGCAUCAAGGCACCGUGGUUUUGACCAACAAGCCGGAGCGCAUUGACAAGUUGGUCGCAAAGCUGAAGAGGGUAGAAGAGUCUGGAUCAGUCACUCUGCGUGAGGCGCAGGUGUUGCUUGGAUGGUUCAACUUUGCAUCGGGGCAUGCCAUGACGUUGUUGCAAACCGCAUCGCCUCGUUUGAUCAAUUGCUUCCAGGAUCUUACUCCUGUGAUGCGCAUUUGGACAGAUGGAUCGUGGGAGGAUGGGGAAGGUGAGAAGGCUCUUUCCCUUGUGAAUGCAUCCGUGGUUGAGCCCUUUGCUUUGGAUGCAAGCUUGAUAGCCAG